CGCAGCUGGGUAUCUGGCUCUCUACAAGUUGAGCAACAGCCAUACGUCGCGAGCGAGCAAGUUGCUGCACGGAUUUCCCGGAGCUGCACUUAACUUAAGAUACAGAAUGCUGCGAAGAGGAUGAAUCCUUCAGGUCAUCUGAAACAUCCACGUGUCUUUGCUGCUGUCCCUCCCCGACGGCCCUUUCGUCCCACCGGGGCACCAUCUGCCUCUCCACGAUCCCCCGCUUGCCCCUGCCCGGGAGCCUCCCCCCUCCCCUGCCCCCACUAGUGGCCAUCCCAGAGGAGAGGAAAGGCGAGCCAGCCGCUGUAAAUAUGCCCGGAUGGGGGUCUCAGUGGCGUCUCGUCCUGCUGAACUCCCUGACCUGUGGCCUGGAGAUCUGUGUGGCAGCUGGAAUCACAUACGUGCCCCCCCUGUUGCUGGAGGCAGGAGUGGAGGAGCGCUACAUGACCAUGGUGUUAGGUAUUGGUCCAGUGCUCGGACUGCUCUUCAUCCCUCUGAUUGGAUCAGCCAGUGACCACUGCAACAGCAGUUAUGGAAGGCGGCGGCCGUUUAUUUGGCUGCUGUCUCUAGGAGUUCUUCUGGCACUUUUCAUCAUUCCCAACGCUGACCUACUGGCUGCUCACUUUGCCUGGGGCGGGCGCACCCUCCAGGUGGGCUUCCUUAUCCUCGGGGUGGGGCUUCUUGACUUUUGUGGACAAGUGUGCUUCACACCACUAGAGGCUCUGCUGUCGGACCUUUACCGGGACGAGGAGGACUGCGGUCAGGCCUUUGCCAUGUUCUCCUUCAUGGUCAGCUUGGGAGGCUGUGUGGGAUAUUUGCUACCCGCACUGGACUGGAGUAGUGGUCUGCUCUCUGUUUACCUAGGAGGCCAGGCCGAGUGCCUCUUCUCCAUCCUCAUCCUCAUCUUCGUCACCAGUGUGCUAAUCACCAUGAAGGUGUCUGAGGAGCCCUCGUGUCCAAGCAGCGUCUUGGUGGGAUCUGGAUCUCUGCUAGAGUCGGGGGCCACUACGUUAGAGGCGAGCCGCUGCGGAGUGCCGCGCUCCUGCUGCUACCUGCUAAAGUGCAAGCUGAGGCUCCUGAAGACCGGACCCUUGCUUUGCCUGCUGAGAACGUGCUGGUCCAUGACCCCUGCCAUCUACAGGAGCUACUGCCAUGUCCCGCGCGUGAUGCAGCAGCUGUGUGUGGCUCAGCUCUGCAGCUGGAUGGCCGUCAUGUCUUUUAUGCUCUUCUACACAGACUUUGUGGGGGAAGGCCUGUACGAGGGCGUGCCCAGUGCGUUACCGGGAAGCGUGUCCAAGCAGAGAUACGAUGAAGGUAUCCGUAUGGGCAGUCUGGGCCUGUUCCUGCAGUGUGCUACCUCAACCUUCUUCUCCCUGGUCAUGAGUCGCUUGGUUCGACACUUUGGCUCGCGGUGGGUCUACAUGAGCAGUAUGGUGACCUUCACCGUCUCUGCUCUGGUCAUUUGCCUGUCCAAAAGUGUGGUGUUGGUCACUGUAAUGGCGUCCCUCACUGGAUAUGCGUACGCCACACUACAGACUCUGCCCUACACACUCACCUGCCACUACCACAAGGAGAAAGAGGUCUAUAUGCCAAAAAUGAAAACCAAAAGUGUGCAUAUAAAUGGCAUUAAACCCAAGCGGGACUAUUCAACUCCUGUGGAAGACGGGCUCCCUUUGUUCACCAAGGAAAGUUUUGAGUACUACCCCGGUCCCCUCAAGCAGAACGGCUCGUCUCACAGCCCCGGUGGAACGGAACAGGAAGAGGCCGAGUCAGGGUUUGAGAAACGUGGCGUGGGAUUGGACUUUGCCAUCCUAGACAGCACUUUCCUCCUCUCUCAGGUUUUCCCCACCCUCUUCAUGGGCAUGAUCGUUCAGUUUGCGCAGUCCGUCACUGCCUAUAUCGCCUGCUCCGCCAUUUUCGGAGCCAUCGCCAUCUAUUUGGGCAGUAAAAUCAUAUUUGACCAAAAGGACCUUAAAAGCUGACAUUUCGAAGUAAAAUGUGGGAGAAAUGGAAUCCUCAAACUAUAACGAUCAGGUUCCAGGGGCAGGAACUCAACAAUGCACUAUUGUUUCCAGAACGCCUUGUUACGCCUUGCUCUGUGUUCGGGAAGUGUGUGUCAAUUUAUAAAAGAGACGUUACAAUAGACUUUUUAUGUGCAGUUCCGUGUUAGAGCAGGUGUUACCUGCUCCCCGAGGAGUCAACACCAACUGUGUGCUCAAAUCAGGUGUGGUACUCCAUGGACUGAGUGCGAAUUAAUUCUAAAGAGUCUCUGUCAAAUUGUCUUCUUUCUCAGGUACCACAAACAGAUUUACUGUUGAACUCGACCUCAGAUACACACUUCAGUUUUUUUUGUGUUCUGAUCCUGAACUACCUACAAAGUUUUUAAGAACAGCGUGUUUCCCCCCCCCCCCCAUAUCACAUUUAACACUGUUUGCUUGCAUUUGUCUAUCAAGGAGGAAAAACACCUUUAAAAGGGGAAUCCAAUGAUUAAGUGUUGCCUACUUUUCCCAUAAUACAGCUAUAUACAGGGUUUCUGACUGUAUAUGUUCAUGGUGUCGCUGCUGGAGUGAAGGGCAGGACGUUUACUGUACUCACUGGCUUGCUGGUUACAUGAGUGGUCAGGCUGUGUUUCUUCAAAAGUUGAGUUUUUUUUUUUACUUUUCUGCUGCAAUCCAUUGCAUAUGUCUUUUGGAAUCCCCUGUGGCAUUGUACUUAACAGUCUAUACGCACCACCAACACCAUGCUGUGCCAAAAGAUAGGGUGUCAAGAAGUGAGUUUGGAGCCCUGCUGUAUAAUCCUUCUUUAGACCUUCUUACCUAAGUGCCAUCAUCUUUUAAACUCCAUUCCCUCAGUUUAAUUUGCAGCUUUCCUUUUAACUUUUAAAUCUAAUUUAAGAUCAGGGUUUUCUCUCGGACUUGACAAAGCUCCUUCAGAGCCACUGAGAAUGUUAUAAAACAGUUUUACAGGCUGCAUACUCCCCAUGACAUGACUAUGAAUACCUUUUUAAAAAUUCAACUGUAAUCUGAUGUUACCCUCCUCGCUAUCUAGUGUCCUCUACUAAAUAAUGAACAGUUUCACUUUAAAUAUUUUGUAUACAAAUGUACUGUGUAUCCCUAUGGGAAUUUUGUUAUGCAACCUUUUGAGGUGAUGCUAUCGACUGUGGCGGUUUUAGAAUGAAGCUGUUUACUGGAACUGGAAACACUGCGUUACACGUCCUCUGUCUAGAUAAUAAAAAAUAAUCUAGUCUAGCGGACCGCUCAUCCUGUCCAACUAUGCUUCUGAUCAGGACAGUCGUCUCAGGUUAGUACAUGUUUUUAGUGUCCCAUCCUGUCUUUAUGCCACUGAAAAUGUGCUUUCCUUGCUGCUUUAAUCUUCACGUUUUACUUUUUUUUUUCAAAUGACAAUCUUGGAUAUCCAGAUGGACUUGUUACAUAAAGCUGUAUGUAAACAUGUAGGGGGAUGUCUGAUGGAAGCUCACUUCAUUGCACCCAUUCCUUAAAGACCAAAACAAAUGAAAAUAACACAGUAAAUAGAAAUAUCCGGUUACUGAAAAUGAUGCGAUAGAAGGCACUGUAUAUUCAGUCUAAGCUCUGUUGAGGUGUGUGUGUGUGUGUGUGUGUGUGUGUGUGUGUGAAUAACAUGGAGGACAGACAGUGAGAAAACAUGAGUAAUAUUUAAGUGUGAGGCAAAUGAAAAGUGUUUUUUUUUCACACCAAUGCACUAUUGACUUUAGCAUGGUCUAUACGAUGCUGUAUGUUACUUGUAUGUAUCGUGGCCUUCAGUUUUUGAAAUAGGCCAGUCGGUGUUUAACAACAUGCUUGUUUUGAAACCGGUAAGUGAGUUCAUCUUGUAUCCAGGUUGUUUGAACCUACACCAGGGGUGAAGAAUUAGUUUCAGCAUAUCCAAAUAGUCCUGAAGGAUCUUGUUGCCUGAGGCCGCUCAGCAGGAGAGAAGUAAAAGCGGCAGAGGAUUUGUUUGUCAUGUCGACACCACUGCUGAGCAGAACCCCACAGCAGCUGGGUUAUCCGAUACACUGCGAAAUGCACAGGAAAAUAUUUUCUAGCUGAGGCUGAAGUGUCAGAAAAAGGUUGUUUUACAAGUGCCUGUACAUUUUUCAAACAUUUUUUUUGUACAUAUGUAUUUAUUUAUUAUGCUUUCAUUACAAAAUAGCGCGUAUUAAACUUUUGGCCUCUAUGGCAUCUUUCAGAGGUGCAGGGGCGAAAGCAGUUUCUGUGAAAAAGAUCAAUUAUUUGUAUAGAUGUGGUGUAAAAGCAUUAUCAAACUAUAUAAUUUAUUUUAUCAUCACACACAAAUGUUCCUCUGGUUACUCACAUCAACUGAACAUUUUAUUCCUGACACAAAACUGACGUGUAUCUUUUUUUUUUCUGCAAAUCAGAAACAAUUAUUUUAUCUAUACUGCUUUAUCUGGGUCUUUAUAACCACUUGUUUGUUCUUAUAUGAGAUCUGUAUUCUUGUUAGACAUAACAAAAACAUUACAUUUAUCUGUAUGGGUGGAGCUGUUUUCUGUCUCUUGCUGUCAACCAAACUGUUUAAUUUCAUAUUUUUAAAAAAAGUGCCAAUGGUCCGACUGUUUGAAGGCCAGAAGUCAUUGUGUUUUGAUGUGAUUGAUCAGGUUUUUUUUAUAAUACAACUAUUGUAAUACAAUUUCAGUCACAUGUGUACAUCAAUGCAUUCAGCCAUAACAACAAUUGUUAACGAUAUUUUGAGCAGAUUGUGUAUUAAUAUGCAGUUACCAAAUAGAUUUUAUACAAAAUAAAAGAACUGCAUUGUUAAUAAGAUGUUGUCCUUGAGUAGUUUAAUCAAACAUUUUCCCUCUAUUAAAAAAAAAUAGAUUAAUUUUU